CGACAUUAUGAAAGGGAAUAUAUUAAUAUUUUUGUAAUUAUAUUGUCAAAAUUAAAAUAUAUAAUAACAAUUCAUGCGGUGGUUACUCAAGAUUUUCGAUAAACUUUCGUUAAAUUUGCUAAAAUGGACUGUUACAGUGUCGAAUCCGACGUACUUGAUUCUUUAGAUUCUUUAAUUCCUUCAGUGAGAAAAGGUCAUAGAAAUAGAGAUAAAGAAAAAAAUUACAUUUCCGAGUAUACGAGACCUGAUAUUCACAUUGUAAGAAAAUUAUGUAAAGCUAAACACACGAAGCAUCACCCUAAUGACGUCACUGAUGGGGCCCCUUCCACAUCGGUUGUUAUAAAAAAAGCUAUUGCCAAGAUUUCUAAAAGAAAAUUCAUUCCGGAUACUCUAUACAAAGACGAUACAUCCAGUGAAAUACCACUCAUCAAAGUGACUGUUAUACCUAAACACGUGGACACACAAACAUCUAGACAAUUCAAUAAAAGAAGACAAACUGUUAAAAGGGCACAGAGCACAGUUUCCAACCAAGAGAGUUCACUUCGAUCGAAAAAUAUAUAUUUAGUUGUAACUGGCCGAAAAGCGGAUAAGAUUUACGAGAUAAAAACUACAGGCAGUGAAAAGUUAUCAACAAACCAAUCGUCCAGUCGGAUAAAAUAUGAAGACAUAUCAUUGAAAAAAUUACAUAAUUACAAACACGUUAUAGAUUCGUUAAAUAUGGAUAAAAAGAAAAAAAGAGACAAGAAGAAGAAGACUGUUCCGCAAAGAAAGGAUUCUAGAACAUCGUUGGUGAACGAAAUAUUCGGUGGUGCGGGAAUUACAUUACAAGAAUGCAUCUGUCCUAACGCAAAAAGGAAGGCCCCAAUGAACAAUGUCAAACAUCGUAGAAGUCGGUUGCGUAUUAUCGGCGAACUUGGACUCACAAAUGAUGAUAAAUAUGUGAUUAACUAUGCGGCUACCGUAGAUGGAGACACGGGUAUUAGAAACUACUCUCGUACGGACGAAAGAUUGAAGUCUAAUGAAGCAUCAGAUUUGACUAGUAGACAACAAGAAUACACCAAUUGCUCGUCAAGUUACAGCACGAGUAAUGUUAUUUUUAAUAACAAAAGCUACUUUCGCACUCAUCGCGAUUCUAAUGUCCAAGCUAAUCUUCUAGAGCCAACUACAUUCUGUGCUUUUUCAAAAAAUCGCGGUGUAAGACAAGAGUCACAAGGCACUCAAGUGGAUUUAGAUGGGCCAUUAGAUAGAAAUAAAAAAUAUACAUUUAGAGAUCAAACAAUACAAUGUUACUGUAAUUGCAGUAACGGUACUGCAACAGAAAUUGUAAGCAGUACCACAGACGCUGUUAACAAAAGCAGUACAACAAAAGAUACGAAGAGCCCACUAGUUAUCAUAUCAGUAUACUCUAAGCAAGAUUCUGCGGAAAAUACAACCAGUAGCCACACUUUAAUAGACCAACGACCAGCCUUACCAAGACGUCAAUCAGAAUCUCCACAACAUCAUAGAAAUAAAAGCAAAAUGAACAUGUAUCGAAGUCGUUCUCCUUCUCCUGAACAUAGAAAUUACUCAAGAGAAAACCCUCUUAAUAGAACUGUUGAUGCCAGAUUUUUAAACACGAAAAAGAAAAAUUACGUCCGACCAGCAUCCCCAGUUACUCAGAAGAAAGUUCCAUCCCCAACAGAUCUGAGCACAACGACGACUAAAUCUAAAACGAAAAAUGAGUUUUUUAAAAAGCUGCCAGUUACUUUCGGGUCCCGAGAUUCGAGAGAUACGAAUAUACAAUCGAUAAAAAAGAAAAAAAUGAACGAUAAUAAUCAAAAACCAGUUCUUUUUGGCAAGAAAGAAGUUGGUAAUUACUCUUAUGUGUCACGAAUCGAAAGUAAUAUGAAGAGAACUUUUGAUAAUCAAAAACAAAAUUACAACGGUGUGAAGGAACAACGCAAUUUGAAUAAUAUAUCGAGAAAUCGUAGAGAAUUUAAUAAUGAAGAUUCUCAUAGAUCUAGCGAUGACGACUAUGGAUCUAUGGAGAAUUUCUUGAUGUUAUCAGAAGACAAUAGAGAUGUUAAUACCCGAUCUUUAUCACAAACUCUUUGCUAUUCCCCUUCGACUACAGCAGUUUAUGAAACUUCCCAACAUACUAACACUGCUGUAGGUAAUACAGACAGCAGCGAAGUUGAACCUCAAUGUUGCAUGAAAUUCACACAAACCAGUCGCAGUUACGAUGAAUUAUAUGAAUCUACGAGUAACACUAAUUUUUUCGCUCCCAUCAAACAUUAUCAUGGAGAUAGCUGCAACAUCAUUGACCCCUUAGAAAGAGAUAGAGAGAUCAGAAAACUACUAGGACUUGAAUAUCGACAAACUCUCCCAAGACCCAUUACCCACGAAUAUUAUUCGGGUAUGUUCUGUCGCGAAUCCCGGUCUAAAAAAAAAAAUGAUUAUUGUACGAAACACGUAGAGGCCCGUAUAUCUAGAACAUUUGAGUGCAAAUGUUGCAAUCAAGAAAAAAAAUCACCAGCGCCUAAAAACAGAGUAUGUAAAUUAGUAAAAACUAAAACUACACCAACUCAAUACGAUUUGAAACCACCCGUUAUCCCGUGUAUCCCCCUGUGCAGCCCGCUGACGCACCAGGAACCGCGCGACAAUCAGUUGAUACUAAAUCGGAACAUACAAGUAUAUUUACAAAUAGAACAAUUCACAAAACAAAAGCCUAUAAUGUUAACCAGAAAACAAUACGACAAAUUGAAAAAAACAAUAAAGAGCACGGUAAAAUUAAAAACUCCGAAACCUCCGAAAUGCAAAAAGAACGUAUACAAGACGUACAGUGUAGUAUCUGAGGGGCAAAUUAAAAAGGCGAAUAAAAGUAAAUGUUGUGGUAUACGCGACAGAGGAAUGCAAACGAAGAAAGGUUCGAGGUGUCAGAAUAAACCUAAACCACCAUCAAAACAGAGCAGCAAAGUAUCACCGAAUACAUCGUGUGUGUGUGUUGAAGUACAAACAAUAUGUAGUACAUUGGAGAAGCAGACAUGUAACUAUUUGCUGCUUGAUAGACAAGUCGGUCAAGACACGUCGAAUACAUCCAAAGAUAAUGUACCGAGACAAACCAUGUCAUCGUUAGAAAUCAGGUACGCGAAUGUCGCUUUUAAACGGGUAACAUUCUCAUCGACCAAUGUCGACCAGUUGCCAACAGAAUCUGUAUACUCAAAUCAACUGGAUACUACUUCAAUACAUUCGUUACCUAAAAAGAACAAGAAAUCGGCUACUCCAAAUCUUGGUACGUCAGGGUACUCAUUAUACUCUGAACCGACUGGGUCGGGUCAAUCCCUCAAGUAUCUUCUCUCGCCACGAGAUUCUAAGCAAAAGAGGCCGUUCCUAAGACGACUCAUGUCCUGUCUUGUGAUGCAUUCAGCGAGGCCGUCCAACAUGAAGCUUCCUUGUGGUUUGACCAGCAAAGUUUCUGGCGUCAAUAGUUCAAUUGAUUCAUACUAUAUCAGCACGUCUCUUGGAGCAAUUGAACUUACAUCAUCAAUGUACGACACAUCGGCUUCAUUUUACAGUAAUCACACAAUUGUACCUGUGAACAAAAUUAAAAGAGGAUUCUUAAGUUCGGUGCGAGGUUUUCUUACCAGUCGGAGAAGUUGACAUUUAUCGAAAUUCAUAAGUGGAUUAUUUAUUAACUCGCUCUGUAAUUAUUUAUCAGUUUUUUGUGAAUAUAAAACUGAUUUGAUGCUCACUUGAACCUUUGCAGAGAGGUUAUAUUAUUUGAGCGGGCGAGUAGACGUAAAAGUAACUAUUUAACGACGAAAUAGAAUCAUUUUACGCUGCAGAAAUGUAUAAAGACGAUUAUAUGAAAGAUGUUAGAACUUACCAAGAACUAUUACUAAUUAGAAGACUACCUUCCUUAUCACUACAGCUUUGGUUAACAAAGUUAAUGUUGUUAUAUUUUACAUUUCCAAAAUUUAAAAGUCAGUUGUGGUAAUGUACAAUUUUUUGCUUGUAUAA